AUGCCCGUCUGUUUUGCUGUCGACCCCGACCACUACGACGAUCUCGGCGUCCGUAAGGAUGCUUCAGCGCCCGAGAUACGGAAGGCCUACUGCGGUCUCGCAAGGAAGUGCCACCCAAACAACUUCGCGUCGAUCGUCUCGGACGAUCAGACGCGCGCGGCCAACGAAGACCGCUUCAAGGAUCUCGAGCACGCGUACGGGGUCCUGAGAGAUGAGACGAAGAGAGCAGUGCAUGACGAAAGUCUCACGGACAGCUACGUGGUCGGUUAUUUGACGUUCAACGGAUUCGAGGUGACGACUACGACGACGAUCCAGGAAGUGGUAGCCUUCCUGGCGCGAAAUGGCUUCCCUGCAUUCAUGAGGGAAAUCGGCCUUCCCAUCGAAGGUAAGAAGCUCUUUUUUGGUGGUCAGAUCUUCGAGAUACAGACGGAGGUACUGGGUCAGCCCGAAAGCGUCUUCGAAAAGGCCACCAGUGCUAGGCCUGUUCCCGAGACGCAAUCUACCCUUCAAAAGCCCGGCAACGAGGCUGAGGCUGCGCCCAUGGCCGCACCCAGCCCAACGCUCGAUCCCGGCGAGGCACCCCAUCAACAAUCGGGAUUCACCCCUACCAAGCAUAGCCAUGUGUCUCUCCGGUCGGCCCUGUUGUGCUUAUUCCUAAUGUUGAGCAUUCUCUUCGAAUGCCACAAGGCUUUCCCGAGGCUGACUCGUGUGUUUCCGAAGCCGAGUCAUUAUGAAGUCCUAAAUAUCUCUACGUAUGCAAGCGAUGACGAGAUCAAGCAAGCCUACCGACGGGCAGUCAAGAUGAACCACCCCGAUAAGGCACAUGGCCGAGAAGCUGCCGCGAAAGCCCUGGAGAACAUGAUAAUGAUCACGGACGCAUACGGUACACUAUCAAGCGAACUGAAAUGCGCAUACGACAGAAAUAUUGCGCAGUCCGCCAAUAUAAGUGAAUAUCAUCGUUGUCUCCUGAAAUUUCAAGCCAGCAGCUCUGAACGCCAGCGCGAGGCUGGUGUCCGCGCAAAAGGGGCAAGGGAGCAGGGAGAUGCGGCUGGGAAGCAAACACGAAAGGCUCGAGAUGCGGGGCUGCGAAGAUCCAAGGAGGGGUCUCGUCAGAGUAACUGGCAUCGUGCGCGGCAUUAUCUCAAAACCUUGGUGGAUGUCGCUUCUGAAGAGUCCGAGAUUGAAGUCGUGAUACCACUGUAUGUACGGACAAUCAUCAGCAAGAGUGCAGUUACAGCUGUGAGGGUACGUACUGGUGUGGUUGAGCUUUUGGACAGACUCGGCGAAGAAUAUCAUUGGAUCUGUUACAAGGACGAGAUUAUUCGACUGCUCGCCUUUACGGUCGGUCGAUAUCUUGGCUUUGAUUUAUGUGUGUGA